GAAAGGGUAAACUUUAGACAGUUGACCAGAAAAGCUAAAUCAGUGAGAUGACAUUCAGAUUGAAGAAGAAACACAUUCUGCAUCUCCUCACUCCUGAUCCUCCACUCACCCUCCCAUGGCAGCCACCACCGUCCGUUCCUUCUCUCUCCUCUCUCCCACCCACCACCACCACCACCACAACCGCACAACCCUCCGCCACUCCACCCACCUCAAAUUCUCCACACACACUCCCAAUUCUCACCUCUCAUUCACCCUUAACAACCGUCGGAUCCCUCUAACCAUCACAUACUCCGGCGGAAACGACGGUGGAGCUGGCGGAGGGGGUGGCGGUGGCGGAGGUGGAGGUGGAGAUGAGGAUGGUGAUGCCGGAGAGAAGAAUAAAGCGGAGGCGUUUCUCGUGUUAGCGGAAGCAGGGAGAUCUCUGGAGAGUAUUCCGAAGGACAUUGCGGCAUCCAUCGAUGCCGGAAAGUUGCCCGGAGUGAUUGUGAAGAGGUAUUUGGAACUCGAGGAAUCACCCGUGUUCCGGUGGCUGAUGAACUUUGGUGGGUUUAAGGAAAGGCUGCUUGCUGAUGAUUUGUUUAUGACUAAAGUUGCUAUUGAAUGUGGUGUUGGUAUAUUCACUAAGAGUGCUGCAGAGUUGGAAAAGAGAAGAGAGAAUUUUUCCAAGGAGCUGGAUUUUGUUACUGCUGAUGUGAUAAUGGCUCUAAUUGCAGAUUUCAUGCUUGUGUGGCUUCCUGCUCCUACGGUUUCUCUUAGAGCACCCGUUGCAGUAAGUGCUGGACGAGUUGCCAAAUUCUUUGCCGGAUGCCCGGAUAAUGCGUUUCAGGUUGCUUUGGCUGGUACAUCCUAUUCAUUGUUGCAGAGAAUCGGUGCCAUAGCGCGUAACGGAGCCAAGUUGUUUGGUGUUGGGACUGGUGCAUCUCUUAUUGGGACAGGUAUCACAAAUCUUUUGAUAAAUGCAAGGAAGGCGGUUGAUAAGACGUUUGCUGCUGAAGCUGAUGAAGAAGAUAUUCCCAUUUUAUCGACUAGUGUUGCUUAUGGUGUCUACAUGGCAGUUUCUAGCAACCUCAGGUACCAAGUAAUUGCAGGGGUAAUCGAACAGCGAAUGUUAGAACCAUUGCUGCACCAACAUAAGCUUAUCUUGAGUGCUAUCUGCUUUGCAGUCCGAACCGGCAACACGUUCUUAGGGUCCUUAAUGUGGGUUGAUUAUGCACGUUGGAUCGGAAUUCAAAGGUCUCGGGAAUGAUCAUAGGACGGCUGCCUGAUUGAUACUGUUGUUUUGUAUGUUUUUCUGUACAUGUAUGCAAUGUUACAUCUGAAAAGAAUGACAAAUUCAUCAUUGUUAAUGUUUUGUUUUGUUUUGAGUUUUAAUAAUGCCUUCAUUUUCCUAUAACUAAUGUUGAAGGCUCUGAUAUUGGCAUUUGAGGGUUUGCACGUGUAAGUUUUAGUUCUUAUUGAAACCAAGAUUUCAACUCA